AUGAGAAAAACUUCAAAUGUCAUUGCACUCAAAUUGCACCCACAACGCUACCUCUUAACAGAAGAUAUGAGAGUUUACCAGGACACAGUAGUUUCAGUUGAUGAUUCUGAUGUUGUGGAUCUGGUGAGAACGGUGAAAGUGAGCAACAUCUCUUCAGGUACAACCGAGCAAGAUUUGAGGGAAUUUCUUACCUUUCCGGGAAAAAUUGAACAUAUUGAAAUGCAAGGGUUUGCCAUUAAUAUGCAGCAUAUGAUAUCUCUCAUUUUCAGUGACAAAGGAAGUCCCCAAGUCGCGUAUGUUACCUUCAGUACUUCAGAGGGAGCAGAAACUGCAGUUCUUCUCUCGGGAGCAGUUGUGUCUGGACAGUCUCUGAACAUAGAUUUGGCUAAGGAUUAUGCUCUAUCUACCUCGGCUACAUCUGCAGCAACACAGACUAGUAGUGCUGAGAGUGAGGAAUCUGGUUUGAGGAAGGCAGAGGAUGUUGUAUCCAGCAUGCUAGCCAAGGGCUUCAUUUUAGGCAAAGAUGCAAUGAAUCGAGCAAAAUCCUUUGAUGAAAGGCACAGGCUCACUUCCACGGCCUCAGCAAAAGUUGCUUCUUUGGACCAGAAGGUUGGUUUUACUGAAAAGAUCAGUGCUGGUACAGUUCUGGUGAAUGGCAAGGUGAAACAGAUGGAUGAGAAAUAUCAAGUCUCUGAGAAGACCAAAUCUGCAAUUUCAGUAGCUGAGCAGUCAGUAUCUAAUGCUGGAUCUGCCAUAAUGAAGAAUCGCUAUGUGUUGACUGGGGCUACAUGGGUCACAGGUGCUUACAACAGGGUUGCUAAGGCAGCUGAGGAAGUGGGACAGAAAACUAAGGAGAAGGUUUUGGCGCAGGAUAAUCAAGGAAAGACUGUAGGAGGUCAAACCACCAUGUCUGAAACCGCCAAACCUGAUCAAACCUUAAAACAAGAAACCACAGUUAAUGAAUCCUCCAAACCUGAACCUCAACAGGCCGCCACAGCUGAUCAACCCUCCAAAUCUGAAACUCAAGUGGCCACCACAGUUAAUGAACCCUCCAAACCUGAACCUCAAGAGGCAGCCAAGGAUGGUCAACCUUCCAAUCCUGCAGCAAAACAAGCCUGA